GAAAUACCCCUGUCCAUGCUCGGCCGGUCUCGGCCUCGAAUGCGGGGGAAUCGGGUCAAGAUCCGGGGAGCGGAUAUCCGAUAGGAACCCGUAGUUAUCUGCCCAUUUGGGGUCGAGUUCAACGGAUACCGUCCCGAUAAAUAGUCCUGCUAGCCUCGGUCACGAUACCCGGCGCGUUUGACGUUGUUGGAACAUUAAAGCCUUCGAUACUGCAGCUCAUCUUCUAAGUGUUCGUCUCACUCAUAUACUCUAUUCAACUCAUCAACUUUCAUACUUGUUAUUACUCUUCAUCAUCUUCUAGACCUCUAGCAUUCUACAACAAAGACUAAAUCAAAGGCCAUCAAAAUGUCUCCCAGCAAGGUUCCCCCGCAAGGCAUCUGGGCCCCGGCCGUAACGCUCUUCAACCCAGAGACAGACGAGCUCGACCUCGAAGCCCAGGCAAAAUACUAUUCCUACCUCUCCAAGACCGGCCUCGCAGGCCUCGUCAUCCUCGGCACAAACGCCGAGCAGUUCCUCCUCACCCGCGAAGAGCGCAAGGCCCUCAUCGCCACCGCCCGCAAGGCCACCGGCCCAGACUUCCCCAUCAUGGCCGGCUGCGGCAUGCACUCCACAAAGCAGGUCCUCGAGCUCCUCUCCGACGCAAAAGAAGCCGGCGCCGACUCGGCCCUCGUCCUGCCCCCGGCCUAUUUCGGAAAGCAAACCACCCCGCAGGUCAUUGAUCGUUUCUUCGACACCGUCGCGGAGAAGACGCCCCUCCCCAUUGUGAUUUACAACUUCCCCAUCGUCUGCAACGGCAUCGACCUCGACAGCGGCACCAUUGCCAAGCUGGCCAAGAAGCACGACUCCAUCGUCGGCGUCAAACUCACCUGCGGCGCCGUCGCCAAAAUCGUCCGCCUCUCCGCCGAGCUGCCGGCCGAGAAAUUCGCUACCUACGGAGGCCAGUCCGACUUCCUCCUCGGCGGUCUCACCUCGGGCAGCGCGGGCUGCAUCGCGGCUUUCGCCAACGUCUUCCCCCGCGUCACGGUGCAGAUUUAUAAGCUGCACAACGAAGGUAAGCUCCAGGAGGCCAUCGCUCUGCACCAAAAGGCCGCGAUUGCGGAACAGGCGACCAAGGCGGGCAUCGCAACGAUCAAGUACGCCGCGUCCGUGUACACGGCGCCGCGGGCCGGGUUGAAGGGCCAGGAGAAGCUGUUUGCGCCGCGGAGCCCCUAUGUUGAGGCUAGCGAGGACCAGAAGAAGACUGUGCACGCUUUGAUGGAUGAGUUGAACAAGCUUGAGGAGGAGCUUGCUGGUUCCAGCUGAGUGGGUUGUUCAAGUCGUAGUUGUUGGUUGUUGGUGAAACGGUCAAAACGUGUGCAUGUCUUGUCUUGAAAGACAAUGGGGACUAUGACAUGCUUGCAGAGAUUGCCAAUCUUUUGCUAGGAUGAGGGUGGUGCCUGGGUGCGUCAGAGGCUGCAAGUCAUUUUUAGCUUGCAUUCCAGGCUGGGGCAGGGAAGCUCGGCCAUCGAUCUGGCGUGACAGGGAUGGCAUGGAAGGACCGUGUAUUAUGAGCACAUGAUAGAAACAUGAAUGAAAAAAAGACUAAAUAAUCAACGAUGGAAGAGAGCUGUCUCCAGUAGUUCUGAGACGUUUCUG